UGUGGGCCUGAUCGGCAACACAGAUUACUGCGCGAGGUGUGUAGUAGACGAUGCUUCGUCUAAGAGCCCGAGGAUACAGCAGUGGCAGGGAUGGCUCGACAAUACACCGUUCUUGGAACUUGGCAUUAUCCGCCCUGGAUCGAUCAAGCUCGUGUCAAGCGGUAUCCUCGACACGAUCGGUGGCAGGUAACGAAAUUCACGAGCGCGAGAAGCAUGUUGUCCAAAACCUGUUCGAUAUCUAUACUUUGAUGUCUGAAAGCGGAAGGAGAGC